AACAUGAUAAAUCAAUAUUUUAGAUGAUUUUACUUUCAAAAUAUAUAUUUCAUAGUUAUUUCAUUUGUAAGUUUCAAUGGAGUUGGCAGGAAAGGUAGCAUUAAUUACAGGGUCGGCUUCGGGUAUCGGCAAAGAGAUUGCACUAAAGUUGUCGUCUUUGGGCGCCGAUGUGGUCAUCACUGAUAUCAAUAGGGAUGGCAUCCAAGAAGUGGUUCAAAAAUGUCGUUCCCUUCACAAACACAAAGCGCUGGGAGUUUACGCCGACAUUACCAGUGAGAGUGAUGUGAAGAAUUUGGUGGACAAGACUGUCGAGGAAUAUGAAAGGAUUGAUAUUCUGGUGAAUUGUGCCGGAAUAUGUCCCAAAUCAUACUUUCAUGACCCGGAUUAUGUGGAAGUUUUUGACAAAGUGAUGAAUACCAAUGUCCGUAGUGUCCAAGUAUUGACUCAAUUAGUGGUCCCAUAUCUCGAGACUACUAAAGGAAAUAUAGUUAACAUCUCGAGUGUCUGUGCCGUUGUACCGAUACCAAUGACUAUGGCGUACUGUAUGUCCAAAAGUGCAAUAAAUAUGUUUACUAAAUGUUUGGCAAUGCAUUUGGGACCUAAAGGCGUCCGUGUGAAUAGUAUCAAUCCUGGUUCAGUACUGACCCCACUAUUGGGUGAGAAUGCCCAGUAUAUGGUGAAGGCUUGUGGGAAUAACUACCCCCUCAAACGUAUUGGGGAAACGGUAGACAUAGCCGAGAGCGUAGCAUUCCUGGUCAGUGAUAAGGCAUCAUUUAUUACCGGGAUUAAUAUGCCGGUUGAUGGUGGUGCCGCACUCGUUAUGAGACUUUAUUAGAUUUGAAACUUUUAUUUAAAAUAUGUUUUAUAAUAUAUUAUAUAAUAGUU